ACAGCAGAGGCAGCUGAAUCUAGAGCAGUUGGGGGUGGGCAGCCUCAGCUGGGAGCAGAGCAGAGUGGCAGAGAGGACAUAAUGAGAGAAUGUAUAUCAGUCCACGUAGGUCAAGCAGGAGUUCAGAUUGGCAAUGCCUGCUGGGAACUCUUCUGUCUGGAACAUGGCAUCCAGGCUGAUGGCACCUUCGGUACCCAGACCAACAAGAUCAGUGACGAUGACUCAUUCACGACCUUUUUCAAUGAGACUGGCAAUGGGAAGCAUGUCCCCAGGGCUGUCAUGGUAGAUCUGGAGCCUACUGUUGUAGAUGAGGUUCGGGCAGGAACCUAUAGUCAGCUCUUCCAUCCAGAACAACUGAUCACAGGAAAGGAGGAUGCAGCCAACAACUAUGCUCGGGGCCACUAUACAGUGGGAAAGGAGAGCAUCGAUCUAGUUUUGGACCGAAUACGGAAGCUGACAGAUGCGUGCUCUGGCUUGCAGGGAUUUUUGAUUUUCCACAGUUUUGGAGGUGGUACUGGCUCUGGUUUUACUUCUCUGCUGAUGGAACGUCUCUCCCUGGAUUAUGGCAAGAAGUCCAAGUUAGAAUUUGCUAUAUACCCAGCCCCUCAGGUGUCCACUGCAGUAGUUGAACCCUACAACUCCAUCCUGACAACCCACACUACAUUGGAACAUUCAGAUUGUGCUUUCAUGGUAGAUAAUGAGGCCAUCUAUGACAUCUGCCGUAGAAACCUAGACAUUGAACAUCCCACCUAUACCAAUCUCAACCGCCUCAUCAGCCAAAUUGUGUCCUCCAUUACUGCCUCUCUCCGCUUUGAUGGGGCCCUCAAUGUGGACCUCACAGAAUUCCAGACCAAUCUGGUGCCCUACCCCCGCAUCCAUUUCCCACUGGUCACUUAUGCACCUAUCAUCUCUGCUGAGAAGGCAUAUCAUGAACAGCUCUCCGUGGCUGAGAUAACCAGCUCCUGCUUCGAGCCCAACAGCCAGAUGGUGAAGUGCGAUCCAAGGCAUGGCAAGUACAUGGCCUGCUGUAUGCUGUACAGAGGGGACGUGGUGCCUAAGGAUGUUAAUGUUGCCAUUGCUGCCAUCAAGACCAAGAGGACGAUUCAGUUUGUAGACUGGUGUCCCACAGGAUUUAAGGUGGGAAUCAACUACCAACCACCCACUGUGGUGCCAGGAGGAGACCUUGCCAAAGUUCAGCGGGCUGUCUGCAUGCUGAGUAAUACCACAGCAAUUGCAGAAGCAUGGGCUCGACUUGACCACAAGUUUGACCUCAUGUAUGCCAAGCGGGCCUUUGUGCAUUGGUAUGUUGGAGAAGGAAUGGAAGAAGGAGAAUUUUCUGAGGCCAGAGAAGACCUGGCUGCUCUGGAGAAGGAUUAUGAAGAAGUGGGAACUGAUUCAUUUGAAGAAGAAAAUGAAGGGGAGGAAUUUUAAAUAUACAUGCUCCCUUUGGUUGUGUCUCUUUAUUUAUACUGUUCCAUUACAAGAAUAUUGGUUGGUUCUAUGAAUAUUGAAUAUAAUCCCACACCCAGUCUGAUUUUAUCUUACACAGGGGUAGAAUGCUUGACUUUAAAUACCCACAAUGUUACUCUUUGCUACUACACCAUGUUAUUCAGGAAGUUGUAAGGGCCAUGUGAUGUGGUAUAAAAUGUAUGCUGUCAGAUCAUUUCUGGGUAAGAAAAUUAUUUAGUCACUGCCUCUUAGUUAUGGUGGAGGGAAAUUAAACAUGUGAGGAAUGUUAACCAGGAUUUAAAAUUCUAAAUUAGGCUAUGUCUGUUCCAAAACUGUUGGGUAGAAAAUGGUAAGACCCCUAGAGGAAGGAAAACUCUAGACAUUGGAAACAUUCUGGAAAGCAGUGACACCAAACACUUAAGAGCUUAGUCUUAGAGCUAAAUAUUCAUAGUCUAAGAGCUAGAGUUAUUGUGAAAUUAUACUGAUAUACUUCCUCCACUUUAAAUAGACAAAUGAAUGGUAUAAUUUCAGAUAGUGUUAAGUAAUAGGAAGUAAAGACGUGAUCACAGGAUGGGUCCGGGUUCCCAUUGCUUGAGGGUAAUCAGAGGUAUCGUGGAGACUUCAUGAUAGGAAAGAAUCAUCUUGUGAAAUUUUGGAGUCAGAUGAUACUGGAAUGAGGGCAAAAACAGAUGUGGGCGCAAGUUUGGAAUUUCUGAAGAAGAGAAAAGAGGUCAGUGUACCUGGAUAAUGGUGGACGAUGAAGGUGAGACCCAAUGCCCAUAAAUACCAGAAAUAAAAUUGUUUUGAGAGAAACAUUUGGAACAUUUAAAUCAGGAUACCCACCAUAAGCACUGUAAGCACUGUCCUGUUGUUCAGCGAUAUUUGCUCGAGCGGGCCCAGUAACGUCUCCAUAGUGAGACUUGUUGUUAUUGUGCUUGGCAUAUUGAAUACAUCACAGGUAGCUUGCCAGGCUUUGCCGUGCGGGUGAGAUACUUUCGGUAGCUUUCCGAGCUCUCCGAGAGGGGCGGAGGAAUCGAACCUGGCUCGGGUGGGCCAGCUGCACAUAAGGCAAACACCCUAUCACUGUGCUGUCGCUCCAGCACCCACCCACCAUGCUUUAUUUAUGUACACACACUCAUAAACCUUAUCUCUAAUUCUCCUGACAAUCUCAAAAUAGAUAUUCUGCUAAUUUUACAGAUAAGAAACUAAGGUUUAGAGAUUUUUUUCUUGGAGACAGAGAACAAGACACAAAUUGUCUUUUUUUUUCUACGCUACAUUAUGUCUGGCUCUUAGUAUUUGUGCCAGAUUCUAACUAUUGCUUCAUAUAAUGAGGGAAUAAGGAAGUGUGUAGAUUUUUGGAAUUGUAAACCCUCUUCUCCUGGUAACCCUUAAAUUAUACAUUUAUCCACCUUCCCCAAACAUUCUUAGCUACUGAAAAUCAAAUUUGUUCUCUAUCUCCAUGAUUUUGUCACUGAAAAUAUGAAAUGGAAUUUUAUAGGUGUAAGUUCCCUCUACUUCUAAAACUUUACAGUGAUAAAUAAGAAUUGAAUAUUGUUAAUUUUUUUCUGCAUAAUGAUCUUGUGAUUUUCA